AUGAUUGAGGACCGGAUUGGACCAUUAGAUCUGUCAGCGCCAGAAAGGCCAGUAGGGAAAAACAAGUGUAAGAACAAAACCGAAGAGAUCAUGGCUCGAGUCGUAUCAAAAGGAACAUCUAGACUGGAAGAACAUACGAAUCAGGAUGACGCAAAGUCAUUGAACCUUCCAAUUCAAAAAGCCAGUGAGAAACAGACAAGGAUAGGAAGAAAGAGGAAGAUAUCAAGAGAAAAUACGACUCACACAA